AUGCCGCCAAAACGUGGAGGGAAAACCGCAGCUAGAGUGCAGCCAAGAGUGAGGGCUGAGAGCCCAGUGCGUGAUGAACAGCCGGAAGUCGUGCAUGCUAAUGUAGCUCGAGCAGGGGAAGCUAAUGAGAUGGCUAUGUUUGAGCAAUUUCGCCGGUUCCAGGAAUUCAUGCAAAGGGAGCCAAAUUUGAGAGGAGCACCAGAGGUGGUUCCACCGCAGCAGGAUGCACCACAUCAUGAUGCACCAGAAAGGGUAGUCCCGCCUCAGCAACCACCACCGCCUCCACCGCUGGUCCAGGUGCAGGGUCCGUCAUACUGGGAGGCCAUGAGAAAUUUGAAGGACAUGGGCAUGGAGCCUUUUGGUGGAAAGUCUAAUCCUAUUGAUGCUGACAAUUGGAGGAAGAGACUGGAGAGGAAUUUUGAUAAUGCUCGGUGUCCGCAUGAGUAUCGCUUGGACUUGGCAGUGCAGUAUCUGAAGGAUGAGGCAUUGGUAUGGUGGGAGAAGGUGGUAGACCAGGCACAUGGACGAUAUGAGCUGACUUGGGCAGAUUUCAAGACCGAAUUCUCAAGGAAGUAUUUUCCCAGAGAGGCUAUGGAUCGUAUGGAGGAGGAGUUCCUGGAACUUCGUCAGGGCACCAUGACUGUGAGGGAGUAUGACAGGGAGUUUGAUCGACUGAGCAGGUUUGCUGGCAGAUUCAUGAAUGAGGAUGAGUUAAUUCGCAGGUUUCUGAGAGGUUUGAGGAUUGAGCUCAAGAAUCGAUGUGAGAUGUAUGACUACCGCAGUAAGAUUGACUUGGUAGAGAAAGCUGCUAAUUUGGAGAUUGGGUUGGAAAAGGAGAUGAGUCAGAACAAGGCAGCACAGGCGAGACUUGCAAAGGGUUCUAGCUCUAAUAAGAGGACUUGGGAUGCAACAACUGUGGGAACUCCAUUAAUGUGUUUCGGGUGCAACCAGCCGGGUCAUGUUCUGAAGGAUUGUACUCGAACUAGGACCAUCAAGAGUUGUUAUGAAUGCGGUCAGGAAGGACACAUUGCAAGAUUUUGCCCGAGAAAAGUUGGGAGACAGCAGGUCAACAAUCGUCCUAGAGAGCAGUUGCCACCACCUCCAAAACGUCAAAAUGUUGGACCUCGUGUGAUGAUGGCUGAGACUGAGGAGGAUGAGGACAAUGAGCCAAUCACUGGAUUGGUUUUAGUGGGAGGAUGGAAUGCUUACACCCUAUUUUAUACUGGAGCUACCCUCAGUUGUGUUAAGCCAGGCGUUACUCAGAAUUGGAGCUUUGAUGGUGAAUUUAUCCCAAAGGCAAAGAGGAUUGGUACUGUGGGAAAGGAAAAGUUGGGUUCUACCGGAGUUCACAAGGAUGUUCCUAUCAUGAUAAACGGAGAAGUACUGGUCGGGAUUCUUGCAGAAAUGGAGAUUAAUCAUUAUGACGUUAUUCUCGGGAUGAAUUGGUUAAAGAAGCACCAAGCUGUAUUGGAUUGCCACAGAGCACGUGUGCAUCUCUCGAGACCGGAGGGGAAGAUAACAUUUCAAGGCGUAAAAAUGGGUGGAGGGUUUUCCAUCAUAUCCAUGAUGCAACCUGAGGAGCUGAUAGAGAAAGGAAAUGAUGCCUUUCUAGCUACGAUUUCUGUAGUGGGGGAGGAGAUGGAGCUUGGAGUUGAUAAUAUUCCUAUAGUGGCAGAGUAUGCGGACGUCUUUGAGUCUUUAAAAGGACCGCUGUCUUUGAGUCUUUAA